AUGAAACCCAGCGGCCUCAUCAUCCUGCUGAGCAUGGGCUCCCGAAUCCCACUCGCAGCCAGCACAACCACUUGUCCAGCUCCGAGUCUAUCCCAUCCGCCACUUGCAUCCAGCCCUUCCGCCCCGUCGAUGCCUUUGCCGUCAAAAUGGAAAGGCCCAACUCUCCUCGCAGCGUUACCAGCGGUUGAGCAUCGGCUCCCAUCAGCCUCAAUACAGGCCGCCGAUCCUCUCGAACUGUUCGAAUCGUGUCCCCUGGCCUUCAACAGCAGCCAACUGUGGCCACAGCCCAUCUCGCUGGCUUCCCAUCGUCAUCUCCAACAGUCACCUUCGGGAUUCCCUGCACAAUAUCCGUCUCCAUCGCAUCGCCCCCUCCAGGCGCCUUGGCCUCGCCUCCCUCAAAGCGACAGCGCCCGUGCGCUUCGAGACAGCGACAACACCCAAUCGAUCCACGACAGCCGCGACUGCUACGGCUCCAACAACUGCAACAGCUGCGACGACUGCGACGACUGCGACGACUCUGGGGACUGCACCCUCAACAGCCAUGAAAAUCGAUGCAGCCAUCGCCACGAUAUGCCUGCAGCUGCAGUCAGCACGGCCAGCACGGCCAGCAUUCCUGUCCCGCCCAACUCAACCGACCCCUCAUACGGAGCACCCGCUCGAACACCUCCCUCCAUCACAGGCCUUCAUCUGCACCGCUUCAUCACGGACCUGCGUCGAUGGCGCCUGUGGAUCUCGCAGUCGCAGUCCGAGCAAUUCUACGACCUCAUGCUGCUCGUGCUGCUCGUCUUUUGGUGCGGCGGCACUCUCAUCCGCGGCUGGAACAGCGAAUAUUCGCACUCGUUUGGGUGGGGCCUCAAGACGGACGGGCUGGAGACGAGCACAGAGGCAGCACCCAGCGACCCGGUCGACACUGAGGCUCCGAGCGAACUGGCGCUUCAGAGCGCCAUGCGAGUUCUCGAGGCACGGUACAUCUGCCAAGGACGAUAUCGGCGGAAUCUCUGGAGGGUAUAG